CAGUGAUGUAUCCCCCUCUGCGGCCCCACAGGGUGACGGAGGCAUCAGGCAUCGUCCCUUAUCUCGCAUUCCUAGGGACAGGGUGCCUAAUUAUGGGCAUCUGGCAGUGGUGUCUGGCGGGCGGCUGGACCCUCCCCACGGCAGGGCUCUGGGGGGUGCGGGCAGCAGGCGCCAUGGCAUCGCUCAGCUCAGCCGCGGCGUACCAUGCCGAGCUCAUCAGUGCCUAUGGGCAGGGCCAUGGCGAACCCCGCUUCGAGGGCGACCGGCGGCAUGGACCCUUUGGGCCACGGGCACAUGAGGUGUUUGGGUAUCCAGAGUCCCCAGGUGCCAUGUACCCCUGCAGCCUGGGCACCUGGGUGCGUGCCCAAGGUGACACCUACCAAGUGGUGGCCGACGUCAGCCAGUUUGAGCCCCCUGACAUUGUGGUGACCACUUCCAACUGCCAUGUCUCCAUCCAGGCAGAAAAGGUGGCUGAGGAUGGCACUGUCUGUGAUACCUUCACCCACAAGUGCCAGCUGCCAGAGGACACGGACCCGCUGUCGGUGAGCUGCACCCUCACUGAAGCCGGCACUCUGGUCAUCACAGCCCGGCGCCGUGUCGGUGCCCGCCCUGGCCAGCCCCCUCCGCUGCUGUACCGCAGCGAGGCCACGCUGUGAGCGGCACUGGGCAAUGAAAGGCUCGUUGCCCCAAGUGAUCCCAACCCCGGCGCUGC